AUGGAGAAGGAUACGGUGACACAAGUUGACUCGCCAGAUCGUGAUGGUCAUAGCAGUGAAGAAAAAGGCCAUCAUGUCGAAGAGGUGAAUUUGCAAAGUAACGUUUCGGCAAAAAUCAAAAACCCCCUCGCCGACCUGAGCAAGUCUCAGGUCCUCCACGAUGUCGAAGAAUUUGCCAAUGAGUACCAGGUCACAGAUAUCCUACCUCUACUGAAGAAAGGCGCCUUGGUUGCGCGUGACCCCGAGGAGUUCCAAUCGGUCCCAGAUCUUACUGAGGCCGAAGCGACGUCAUUAAGCGACGAGGUACUUCACAAAUGGCGCCAGCCAAAGUCCCUCUACUUUACUAUUAUCCUUUGUUCCAUCGGUGCCGCCGUACAAGGCUGGGACCAAACUGGUUCGAACGGCGCUAAUCUCUCUUUCCCCGACGCUUUUGGUAUACCUGAAGAUGGAAAUGUGCGAAAUCAAUGGCUAGUUGGAAUUGUCAAUGCUGCUCCAUACAUUGCCAGUGCCUGUCUAGGCUGCUGGCUAUCCGACCCCUGCAAUCGCAUCCUUGGCCGCCGUGGUACAAUCUUCAUUUCCGCUAUCUUCUGCGUGAUUACUCCCAUUGGCUCUGGAUUCGCUCAAAACUGGCCUCAGCUCUUCAUUAUUCGUCUACUUCUUGGUAUUGGUAUGGGUCUUAAGGCAUCUACCAUUCCAAUCUUCUGCGCUGAGAAUACGCCCGCUGUGAUCCGUGGUGGAUUGGUUAUGUGCUGGCAGCUUUGGACUGCCUUCGGCAUCUUCCUCGGCUUUAGUGCGAACCUCGCAGUGAAGGACACCGGUGCGCUCUCCUGGCGUUUGCAGCUGGGAUCGGCAUUUAUCCCAGCAGUGCCCCUAGCUAUUGGUGUAUUCUUUUGUCCAGAAUCUCCCCGCUGGUAUAUCCGGAAAGGGGAGAUGGCCAAGGCUUAUAAGUCUCUCUGCCGUCUUCGAAAUACCCCUCUGCAAGCUGCUCGUGAUCUUUACUACAUCCAUGCGCAGAUUCAGAUCGAGCAAAGUAUAAUUGGAGAGAGUAACUAUGUUACUCGAUUUGUCGAGCUGUUCACAAUUCCUCGGGUUCGCCGAGCUACUCUGGCUUCAUUCACAGUCAUGAUUGCGCAACAGAUGUGUGGCAUCAACAUCAUUGCCUUCUACAGCUCAACCGUGUUUCAAAGCGCUGGUGCCAGUGAUACAGAUGCACUUUUUGCCUCGUGGGGGUUCGGUCUAGUCAAUUUCCUCUUCGCCUUCCCGGCAAUUUGGACGAUUGAUACCUAUGGACGCCGUGCCCUUCUUCUUUUCACCUUUCCCCAGAUGGCCUGGACUUUGCUCGCUGCCGCAUUCUGCUUUUAUGUUCCAGGUAAUGGAGGAGCUCACCUUGGUAGCAUUGCUCUCUUCAUUUUCUUGUUUGCUGCCUUCUACUCUCCUGGUGAAGGCCCUGUGCCGUUCACUUACUCCGCCGAGGUGUUCCCGCUAUCGCAUCGUGAGGUUGGAAUGUCUUGGGCCGUCGCUACCUGCCUAGGAUGGGCCGCCGUACUAUCGAUUACAUUUCCCCGUAUGCUGUGGGCUAUGACUCCCACUGGAGCCUUUUGCUUUUAUGCUGGUUUGAAUGUGACUGCGCUAGUGAUGAUCUUCCUUUUCGUUCCUGAGACAAAGCAGCGGACUCUCGAGGAGCUCGAUUACAUUUUUGCAGUCCCCACUCGAGUUCACAUGAGGUAUCAGGUGUGCAAGGCUUUGCCUUAUUGGUUCAAACGCUAUAUCUUCCGUAUGAACGUCGAGCUGGAGCCUCUUUAUCAAUUUGACAACCUGGCAACGAGUCAAAAAGUGGCGACGGAGACUCAGAAGAGUGGAACUAUCUCUGAAAAGACCAGUUCCUAG